UAUUAUUCCACGUAUCUUUAAAGCAGUGACAUCGAAGUGUUAGGCUUUAAAGAUGAAGGCUUUCCUAAGUAUUAGUUUUGUACUUUUUAUACUUUGUUCAAUAGAAUCAAAGUCUCUAAAUGUCAAGCAUUCUAGAAAGCCAAUAUUUAAAGACUUAUACGGAAAACUAACCCCGGAAGUAAGAGGAAAUCCUGGAGAGCCCCUGAUAUUAACUGACUUGAUCAAAGCAGGAAAACUGGAUGAAGCUCAGAACGAAGCACUCGUACAAGGAUUGGACACGGAUGUUAAAAGUUACUCUGGAUAUUUUACUGUAGAUGAACAGCAUAAUUCUAAUAUCUUCUUCUGGUUUUUCCCUUCACAAAGUGAUGCCAGUUCGGAUCCGGUAGUUUUAUGGCUCCAAGGAGGACCAGGAUCUACAUCCAUGUUUGGACUUUUUCAAGAAAAUGGACCUCUUUUAUUAAAGGAUGGUGAGCUUGGUGUUAGACCGACGUCUUGGAAUAGAAAUCACUCAGUUAUAUACAUCGAUCAGCCAGUUGGAACUGGAUGGAGUUUUACUGAUGGGGGUUAUGCCAAAGAUCAGAAUAAAGUAGCUACUGAUUUGUACGAAGCUCUGCAGCAGUUUUUCACCCUAUUUUAUCAAUACCAAGAUAGAGACUUCUUUGUUACAGGUGAAUCUUACGGAGGAAAGUAUGUUCCCUCUAUAAGUUAUGAAAUUCACCAAAGGAACGAAAAUGCGGAGCUUAAGAUUAAUCUUAAAGGUUUGGCUAUAGGUAAUGGUUUUACUGAUCCUAUCGUACAAAUACGGUAUUCUGAAUAUGUCUAUCAACAUGGACUUAUUGAUUUGAAGACAAAAAAUUCGCUUCAUAACUUAGAAAAUAAAGCUGUAGAAGAUAUUAAAAAAGAGCAGUACUAUGAUGCGUUUGAUUUAUGGAGUGAUAUUGUAAACACUAUACAAGAAUUUACGGAAUUAGAUAUAUACAAUUAUCUGUCGAUUAAAGGAAGUGCUGCUGAUGAAGAAGAAUUAAACGAAUUUUUCAGUAAGGAAGAGGUAAGAAAAGCAAUUCAUGUUGGAAGUACUGAAUUCGGUGAUGGUGAAGUUUAUACUCAUCUCGAAGAAGAUAUUCCCAAAUCAGAGGCAUAUAAAGUCGCUGAACUCUUAAAAUAUUAUAGAGUUUUAAUCUAUAAUGGACAAACAGAUCUUAUAGUUCCUUAUGCUUUGACAGUAAACUAUUUGCAAACGCUUAAAUUCCCUGGGUCCGAGGAAUACGCAGAAGCAGACAGGACUGUAUGGCAUGAUGAUAAUGAUCGAAGUGUGGUUGCAGGGUAUGCGAAAACAGCUGGAAAGUUAACAGAAAUUAUGGUUAGGAAUUCGGGUCAUAUGGUACCGACAGAUCAACCAGAAUGGGCUUUACAACUCAUUAAUAAAUUUACAAGAAAUGUACCUUUUAACUAAAUAUAACUUAAGCUGUAUCUA